AUGUCUGAAGCGAAAGAACUCCAAGAUGACGAAAGAGAAGCACUUGUUUCGAUCUACGAAGGUGACAGUGCCUUCAAGCAGGUGAACUCCGAGACGUACCAAUACAAAUAUGGAGAGGAAGGCAAUAAAUCUUUCCUGCUGGAAAUAUGUUGGACGGCAAACUACCCCAAUGAACUGCCCACCUUCAACUUGGAAACGUUUUACAAUAGGAAUCUAUCGCGUACGAUGAAAGACAGCAUUGCCUCAAUUCUUCAAACAGAAGCAGAGCAAUGGAUUGGUUGUGGAAUGACGUACACAUUAUUCGAGUGCCUAAAGGAUAAAUUGGAUGAUUUGCUUACGGACGAAAACUGCAAUGCGGGCGACGGACAGCAAAUGAUCAUCGGCACGGCCAACGCACGACUCGACAGCGAACAAACGAACAGCGAUUCUGACGACGAUGGUGAAACGAAUGAAGGAAAGGACAGCAAGAAGGAAGUAAAACGAGAUCAUCUAACUAAGGCCCAGAAGCGGAAACAAUGGGACCGUGUAGAUAGCAAGGGAAAUCGGCAGCGGGGUUGGAACUGGGUCGAUAUUAUCAAACAUCUGUCACAGACAGGAGGCAAACCGGAAUAG